UUGUUGUUGUUAGCUCGCAGGCUAAACACGUUCCCUGUUUCCAGCGGCUAAAGAAGAUUAUAAAGUCCCAGCUGAGUAACUGCAGCUAGGUGAACGUUUCCUUUCCCCCGUCACCAUGGAGGAGGAGUAUUACAGCACUGCCGGAGACUGGGAGGGCACGGACGGCAACUCGGACGGCGUUUACGUUGAAGGGGAAAAUGACGGGAAAAUCCAGGAAGAUUGUCUGCAGAAAUUCACCAGCAGGGAUUACAUCAUGGAGCCUGCGAUCUUCAACACCCUCAAAACGUAUUUCCUAGCAGGUGGCUCUCCAGAACACGUCAUCCAACUUCUCUCUGAAAACUACUCUGCCGUGGCUCAGACCGUUAAUCUGCUUGCAGAGUGGCUCAUCCAGAUGGGUGUCGAGCCUGCUCAGGUCCAAGAGCGAGUAGAAAACCACCUCAAGAGUCUCCUGAUAAAACACUUUGACCCCCAGAAAGCAGAUUCCAUUUUCACUGUUGAGGGAGAGACUCCAGCUUGGCUGGAGCAGAUGAUUGCACACACCACGUGGAGAGAUCUCUUCUAUAAGCUGGCCGAGGCUCAUCCAGACUGUCUGAUGCUCAACUUCACUGUAAAGCUUAUUUCAGACGCUGGUUACCAGGGUGAGAUCACCAGUGUGUCUACAGCAUGUCAGCAGCUGGAAGUUUUCUCCCGAGUGUUGAGGACUUCUUUGGCGACGCUGAUGGAUGGAGGAGAAGAAAACCUGGAGAAGAAUCUGCCGGAGUUUGCUAAGAUGGUGUGUCAUGGUGAGCACACCUACCUCUUCGCCCAGGCGAUGAUGUCCAUCCUGUCUCAGGAGGAACAGGGCGGUUCGGCCGUUCGUAGGAUCGGCCAGGAGGUGCAGAAGUCCGCUCACGUGAGAGGUCACGAUGCCAGUCAGAUUACCCUCGCGCUCGGUACAGCAGCAGCCUACCCUCGAGCGUGUCAAGCACUGGGUGCCAUGUUGUCGAAAGGAGCACUGAACCCUGCAGACAUCACAGUUCUGUUCAAGAUGUUCAGCAGCAUGGACCCUCCUCCUGUGGAGCUGAUCAGAGUGCCUGCGUUUCUGGACCUCUUCAUGCAGUCACUGUUUAAGCCUGGGUCAAAGAUCAACCAGGACCAUAAACACAAAUACAUCCAUAUCCUGGCCUACGCUGCUAGUGUGGUAGAGACGUGGAAAAAGAACAAGCGAGUAAACAUCAACAAAGAUGAGCUCAAGUCGACGUCUAAGGCCAUAGAGACUGUGCACAACCUGUGCUGCAAUGAGAACAAAGGAGCCACGGAGCUGGUGGCCGAACUCGGCACUUUGUACCAGUGCAUCCGGUUUCCAGUCGUUGCCAUGGGUGUGUUAAAGUGGGUGGACUGGACGGUGUCUGAGCCGCGGUACUUUCAGCUCCAGACUGACCACACUCCAGUGCAUCUAGCUCUGCUGGACGAGAUCUGUACGUGUCAUCAGCUGCUGCAUCCACAGGUAUUACAGCUGCUCAUCAAGCUGUUUGAGACGGAGCACUCUCAGCUGGACGUCAUGGAGCAGCUGGAGCUGAAGAAGACUCUGCUGGACCGAAUGGUUCAUCUGCUGAGUCGUGGCUACGUGCUGCCUGUAGUCGGUUAUAUUCGAAAGUGUCUGGAGAAGCUCAACACGGAUAUUUCCCUCAUUAGAUAUUUUGUCACCGAGGUGCUGGAUGUGAUCGCGCCUCCCUACACAUCAGACUUCGUUCAGCUCUUCCUGCCGAUCCUGGAGAACGACAGCAUCGCAGGGACCAUCCGCACGGAGGGAGAUCACGACCCUGUUGCUGAGUUUAUUGCUCAUUGCAAAUCAAACUUCAUCAUGAUUAACUGAAGUGGAAAAGGACACUGAAAACAUUCUAGUUGGAGACGAUCUGUGAUCUCAACAAUAACCAAAUGCUCAGCUUGACGCUAGAGCUAAUCGCUUGGAGACAAGACUUUUCAGUUUGACCAAGCGAAUGAGGAUCGUUUUCUUCUUCGACGACAAAGAGGCAAAUGUCACGGAGUUGGUGGAAAUGUGGUAAACGACAGAACAGGCUCACCUUUUUUUUUUCUUUUACACUGUUAUAUUUUCUGCAUUUCAUGGUGAUUGAUGCUGUUUUAAAAUAAAAACCUGAAUGUCA